UUUACAAAAUAUAAAAAAAAAAUAAAUAAAAAUGAGGCCUAUUGCAGCUGAACUUUAUCCACAUAGGCGUGCCACCGCUUAUUAUAGAACGCCGAUUCCACGCGCAUCCAUGCAGUGUCAACAAGCCGAGCAUGCUAGGGAAGCGCUGAACAAGAGAAUCGCCCCUCAAAUUGUACAGCAUCAAGUAGCACAUGUUCAUCCACCAAAUUCUGAAGAUAUGCGCAACAUGCGCAACGCUUACUUCUCCUAAUAAAUAAUGCGCAUUUAACUAAUAUCAGUUUGCUAUUUAUAU